AUGGAGAAAUCAAAUAGGCUCACCGACGAGGAAAUCCUCGAACGAUGGUACCCAGAGCACAACUUCAAGGGAGGCAGAAAGUUCUGCACCGCCGCACGCGAAUUCCUCGAAUUAGCGGGUCAAUGGCCCUGGGAAUGGUGCGUCCAUGACCUGAACCCCCGACGAUGGCGCCCUGCCUUGGUCCAAGACCUUAGGAGGCUUGCAGAAACCUACAAGAGGAGUGGAAAGAAUCUCGACGAAGCCAAAUGGCCCCUAAUACGGGCAAUGAAGAGGAGGAAGACUACAGACAAGAAAAACCAGUUUCUGGAUCAACGCGACGUCAACAAAGUCAUCAACGAGUUCAAGCCUCAACACUCCUCUCCCUCAAAUGGUACGACGGAAGGAGAGCACAGACAAUCGAAUCCUGUCAACAAGACAAGACGUGAGCCUACAGCAGUAGCAAAGCCAACAAAAUCAAAAUCAACUUCACAACCAGGAUCAUCAAGAGGAUCACGAGUGACAACAGGGUUACCAGACCGGUCAGCGUCAAGAGCACGAAUGGCUACUUCGACACAUCCAGUGGAAACUGAACUGGGCCCAUUCGUGUCAUCUCCGAUGUCAGAAGAGGAACCAGAACCGGAGCCUGUGCCAGAGACAACAGAUAGGCUAGAGACCACCCGUAUCUCAGAACCGGAACCUGUGCCACAGACAAUGGGCAUGCCAGAGACUACGGAUCUGCCAGAGAUAAUCGGCAUGUUUGACACAAUGGAUAUGCCAGGGUCCAUGAAUAUGUCAGAUUCGAUGGAUAUGCCAGACACAAUGUAUCUGCCGGAUAUAACGGGUCUGGCAGAGACAAUGUAUCUGCCAGAGAUAACAGGUCUACCACCAACAACGGAUAUGUCAGAGACGACCCAUCCGGCCGACACAAUGCCAGAGUCAAUGGACACGCCACAAACAACAGCUAUACCAGAGAUGACCCAUAUGGCAAAUACAACGCCAGAGUCAGCAGAUAUGCCACAGAUAACAGCUACGCCGGAGACGACCCAUCCGGCAGAAACAAUGCCAGAGUCAACGAAUAUGCCAGAACCGGAAUCUUUGCCGGGGACAAUGGUGAUGCCGGAAGCCGAUAUCACAGCAGAAGAGGUACCUGUCGUUGAGGACACAUUCCCAAUGGAACCCAGAGCUGGCGACAGCAAACGUGGAAUCAUUUGGGAGCAUGUUUCCGAAUCAAAAAGUGUCGUAACUAAAAACAAGAAGCGCCCAAGCAGCUCUCCGACUCUUCCACCAAAGAAACGAGCUCGAAGCUCUCUGUGGGACUUGAAAGAUCAACUUCAACAUAAACCAGAUGGUCAUACUCCUGAUGGAAUCUCUGCUACCCUUUUUGAGAUGAGAUACCACGAAAUAACGCUACAGAAGCGGCUUGCCCUACGACUUGAAGAGAAAGCCGCUUUUCAAGAUCCAACAAGAUCCUAUAUUGAACAACAAGCGCUUUCUUCUCUAGAGAGCAGGAUUCAGUGCCUACGUAGCAGCAUUCAGACGCUCGAGAGGGACCGCGUGCCAAUCAAAGAGCGGAUAAAGGAGUGGGAGAAGCUUAGGAGUGUGAUGCGUUACCCUGACACCGCGAAGAUGCGUGGAUUGGAUGAGGUCAAUAGGCAAUUGCAGAAAAACACCACUGCGAUUUCAAAUGCGAAGAAGACGCUGCAGCAAACCAUCGAGGCUCUUGAUCGGCAAAAGGCCGCUGGUGAAAAGCUCGCUGCCGCUGUGGAGGACAAUCUCAACGAAAUUGGUGAGCAGGUUAUGGCUUGGGACGCGUUGAUGAGGCUCGUACACGGCUUCCCUGCGAGCGUGCGUAGGGUGAACGAGGUGCUCAAGCUGCAGGACAGAUGUUUGGAAGAAAUAGCAUCUUUUUAUGGCGAACCAGAAGACGAUGAGGAUGAUGAUUCAGGGAUCGACGAACCACUUAUCAAGACACCGGAGCUACCUGAUUUACCAGGUUGGGACCCGUUGGAUGGAAGUACAAGCCUGGCAAAGGCACCACUACAUAAUGACAUAUAG